AUGGAGUAUGCCAGUGUAGCGGCUACCACCAUGGCUUCUUCCAAGAACAAUACAAGCUUCAGUGACGAGGCGGAAUUGCGCGCACAACUCGCUCAGGCAGCAGCACUUCGGCUUGACGAUACAGAGCUUCCCUCCAAGGACGGCAGAACCAGCCUUCCGCAGCAAUCAACCCACCCAACGGUGCAACCACAUGGAUACGACCGCCAGAGUGUAGCUGCGCAAAAUAAUAUACACCCUUCGCUGAGAGCGGACAUCAACAUAGCGCCAGCUCCAGAUAUCAUGCCACCUGGCCCGACUGGCGCGGGCCCUUCCAAUUCUGCCGCAUCCGCAAUGGCUGUCCAGGGACUUAUAGAUCAUGAUCCCGAGGAUUCCGUGUCUGAUGGGCGGAAAGCCAAGCGAGAACUCUCACAAUCAAAGCGAGCCGCGCAAAACAGAGCUGCUCAGCGAGCUUUCAGACAAAGGAAGGAGCACUACAUCAAGAAACUAGAACAGCAGGUUCGCGAGUAUGGAGAAAUGGAGCACAACUUCAAGGCUAUGCAGAACGAUACAUACGCGCUUCGAGAGUACGUCAUACAGUUGCAGUCACGGUUGUUGGAUCUUCAGGUCGAACUACCGCAGCCGCCUCCGAAUUUGAAUCUUCCGCCACCGCCGCCCAGGCCCGCCCAGCAUACCGUCAGCCAUCAUCAUCCUGAGCCUGGACCGGCCGGACCAUCGGCUGGAUCCCUGGCUGAUGUAGCAGCUGCUGUCGCUGGCCUACGGGCUCACGGGAGUGCAGUGGAUGGGUAUUCGAAGUUCAAAGCAGAGAACGACGUAGGCCCCCGUCGCGAGGAGGACGCUCGGAGGUUGCAUGAACCCUUACCGCCGUCUUCAUCCCUCAGGGCUUAG